AUGGCAGCGAGUGUGGCAAAGCAAGGCACAGACGGAGCACGAAAAGGCCACGACAAGGGUGACCGUCAGCAGGUCAAGCCUGACCGUUCAAGCAGAGCAUGGCGCCAUUCUGUCCAGGACAAAGAAAAGGACGAGGACAUAACCGAGCAUCGGAGAAAGACCCGAAGGAUUCAAGGAAAGGGCAACCAACAGAGCCCACGAAACCUUAGAAGAAGGGCCAAGAUCCUUCACAAGAAUCCGCGAUUGCAAUAG